AUGCUCCCGGCAGCACGAGGGUCGCUGCGGCUCCCGCGCCAGCACUUGCGCGCGCUUGCAACGCGCGGCACACCUCCACCACCUGGGCCCCGUGGCCGCAUAGCUAGACAACGCCCGCCUCAGAGGAGGGCGCCUGCGCAACCCUCAGCACAGCGCGGCAGUGAACAGCCAGCAUCGAAUGCCGGCCCACCGCAAGAUGCAGCAAACACGGGCGCAAACGAGCCCUCAAGAGUCGAAGCAGUGUCCAACGCCCUCGCAACCACGCCCGACUCGGAGAAUCCACUCGUCACGCCCGUCUACAUGCCCGAGGACCCCCGCGCAGUCCUCAAGCAGACACACCCCGCCAUGCGCCUCCUCGACAACUCGGCCAUUGUCAUCCAGCGCCAGCUCGAGAUGAUGAACGUGCUCAUGGGCUUCGAGCAAGCCAACCGCUACGUCAUCAUGGACCCGCACGGCAGCCACAUAGGCUACCUAGCCGAGCGGGAUCAUGGCUUUGGCAGUGCAAUGGCCCGGCAGAUGUUCAAGACGCAUCGGAGCUUCACAACGCACGUCUUCGACAGGCACGAGAAGGAAGUCCUGAGGUUCCACAGGCCCUUCAGCUGGAUCAACUCGCGCAUACGGGUAUACGACGCCGUGGGCCAGCAUGGUGGCGCAUAUGCGAGCUCCACACAGCUGCAGGGCACGAGCGCAGCCAGCAUCGUGAACCAGACGAGCGCAAAUGUCUCGAGCUUGCAUCUGGCUGACAUGCGCAUCAUCGGCGCCACAGAGCAGGAAUGGGCACCGCUGAGACGCAAGUACAACUUGUUCCUUGCACGCAACCUCCAAGACGCCGGGCCCGGUACGCCCCAGAUCGCCCCCGGCAACCUCCCUUUUUCCGACUCAAAAGCCAUGGCUGUCGCAGAAGGCGACAACAGGCAAGUUGGUAUGCUUCAGUUCGCCCGUGUAGACGAGCGUUUCUUGUCCUGGGACUUCAGCUUGAUGUCCGAAGACGGCCGUCUGCUGGGAUCCGUAAACCGCAACUUCGGCGGCUUUGCAAGAGAAAUCUUCACAGACACAGGCGUGUAUGCGCUGAGAAUGGACGCUGCUGGUCUUGCUCAGCAUCCUUCACACGUUGCUUCGCAGACUGGGCACGCAGACCAGGGACCAGGCAUGACGCUCGAUCAGCGCGCCGUAAUGCUCGCAACUGCAGUGAGCAUCGAUUUUGACUACUUCAGCCGGCACAGUGGGUCCGGAGGCAUCAUGUGGCCCAUGUGGAUGCCGUGGGUCGGCGGCGGUGGAGAAGCCGCUGGCGGUGCUGCAGCGGGCGGUGCCGCAGCAGGUGAGGUAGGAGCUGCGGGCGCCGGCACCGCUGUGGGAGCAGCCGGUGAAUCUGGUGUACUGGGCGAAGCUGCUGCCGGUGCUCGAGGCCUCGGGGCUGCCGAGGGCGCCGCGACUGGCGCCGCGACCAUGGCUGGUUACGAGGCUAUGCAGAGAGGUCGAGGGUCGCAGUCAGCCGACGACAUGUCGCCGCAGGCGAACGAUCCCUACCAGGCGCCCACAGAUCAGCCACAGGAUGCUGGACAGGGCGAAGGAGACAUCUGGGGGCAGAGUGGCGAUCCUUGGGCGGACCAACGCGGCCAAAACCAGGAGCAGGACUUCUGGGGCGGUGAAAACCAGGGCGGUGAAGGAGGCGGAGAUGAUUCGGACUGGGGCGACUGGUUUUAG